UUUUUUGUUUCCACUUGUACAUAAAUCAGCUGAAUUUGCACUCUUAUACCAAAAUUAUUAUUUGUUAUUUGUUAUUUUCACACCCCGCAAUGACUGUCGAUAGUCUGUUCAUACUCAACACUUCUGGAACAUCAGUUAUCCAGAAACACUGGUGCGACGAUGUGUCGAUACGGCGAGCGUCUUUAGUCGUCGUGCCAGCGUUCACCAAGUACCUGCGGUCAUUUGCUGCCAUGCACGACGCAGAACCCGUUUGGAGUGCGCCGCUAGACACAGUGUGCAUUCAUAUUCAGCGGAAGGAGCUGGUGUACUUGGGCAUCGUUUCCCAAGAAAUUCCGCCGCUCGAGGUCCUAGAGCUGCUCGAAGGCGUGGACCAGGCACUCACAGAAUACAUUGGGCUGCUGUCGGAGGUCACGAUAAAGGAGAACUUUACCACUGUUUACCAACUGCUCUCAGAGAUGGUUGACAGCGGCUGCGCGGUGACCACAGAUACAUCGGUUCUGCGUGGGCUGGUACCAGUGCCCAGCCUGGUCAAUAGAGUCAUCGAGAACGUGUCUGGGAUUGGAAUUGGCACGGAGAAACGACCAGACGUCAAUACAUCGUCGACACCAUGGCGUGCGCAAGGGAUUAGGCACACGAACAACGAAUUCUUUGUUGACAUUGUCGAGAAGAUUGAUGCAAUUGUAAAUUCCAACGGGUCGGUGGUCUCGUACGACGUGUCGGGCGACAUUGGGUGUAAAUCGCGGCUAUCCGGGAUGCCCGAUCUUUUGCUGGCGCUUAAUCGGCCCGAGGUAAUGGACGAUGUGGCCUUCCACCCUUGCGUACGCAUUAACAAAUGGGAGAACGAGGGUGUUAUUGGGUUUGUGCCCCCAGACGGCCAGUUCAAGCUGGCCUCAUUCCAUGUGGCCACAGACGCGUCGCCGCGCAUAUUGCCCAUUUACGUGCACGCGACGACUACGCGCCAGGAGCUGGCCCGCACCAUAGAACUAUCGGCUGAAGUCGGUCAGUGUGGCGGGCGUCCUAUCGAAAAAGUGCAGGUGCGUGUUCCGUUGCCGUCUCAGGCAUAUAAUAUCCGCGUCCAGUGCAAGGCAGGCACGUACACGGUGUCCAAUGGCCGCACUUCGCAGGUUGAGUGGUUUAUGAAGACGCUGAAAGCUGGUGACCGGUCAUCACGACUUGUCAUCCAGUAUUUUGUGCGCCAGAGUGCCGUGACAAACGCUGUGGCAGGAAAUUCCUCGCCACAGGCUGUGUCUUCCGAUCAGGACAUGGCUCAGGAAGCGUUUGUCGAUUUUGAGGUUGCUGGGUACUCCGUGUCUUCCAUAAAGGUUGACUCGUUGAAACUAAUGCGCGAGUCGUAUAAGCUGUUCAAGGGCGUGCGCUACAUUACAAAGGCCGGGUCGUUUCAGGUGCGCUUCUAAAUACAUAUUUUUGCGUUAUAUUUUUAGAGAAUUAUUUAUAAGCAAGACUCAUUGUGCAUUGCACAAAAAAUAAUU